CACUGUGCAUGAAUGCGGAGUGAGGAGAGGACAGGAGCACUGGGAGUACUGGGGGGACUGGGAGGACACAGCGGACUGGACGGACCGGACCGGACCCGGGCAGGCGCGGACAUGGAUGGACAGAACGGCAGCGGCAGCAUCUGCUCUCGGCCGCAGGGCACCGCGGCGGACGGCAGGAAGAAGAAGAAGAAGGAGAAGGAGGAGAAAAUCCCCGACAGGGUGACUCUGAAGAAGGAGAUCGGGCUGCUGAGCGCCUGCACCAUCAUCAUAGGGAACAUCAUCGGCUCUGGGAUCUUCAUCUCUCCAAAGGGGGUCCUGGAGCACUCGGGCUCAGUGGGUUUGGCAUUGGUGGUUUGGGUACUGGGAGGUUGCAUCGCUGCCUUGGGCUCCCUCUGUUAUGCUGAACUGGGCGUCACCAUCCCCAAAUCUGGAGGAGACUACUCCUACGUCACAGAGAUAUUCGGAGGGCUGAUGGGGUUUCUCCUGUUGUGGAGCGCCGUCCUCAUCAUGUACCCGACCACACUGGCUGUCAUCGCCCUCACGUUCUCCAGCUACGUCCUGCAGCCCGUCUUCCCGAACUGUGUUCCUCCGUACAUGGCGACACGGAUGCUGUCCGCCACCUGCCUCCUGCUGCUGACCUGGGUGAACUGCUCCAGCGUUCGAAUGGCCACCAGGAUCCAGGACGUCUUCACGGUGGGGAAGCUGAUGGCUCUGGGUCUCAUCAUCGUGGUCGGCCUGGUCCAGAUCUGCAAUGGGAACUACGAGGCGCUGACUCCUCAGGUGGCCUUCUCCAUGGAAAGGACGCCGUCGGUCGGGCAGAUCGCUCUGGCCUUCCUGCAGGCUUCCUUUGCCUUCAGCGGCUGGAACUUCCUCAACUACGUCACGGAGGAAGUGGUUGAACCCAGACGGAAUCUACCUCGUGCCAUCUACAUCUCCAUACCAUUGGUGACCUUUGUGUACACGCUCACCAACAUCGCCUACUUCUCCUCCAUGUCGCCCGAGGAGCUGCUGUCAUCCAAUGCCGUGGCCGUAACAUUUGGAGAGAAGCUGCUGGGAAUGUUCUCCGUCAUCAUGCCAAUCUCCGUGGCUCUGUCCACGUUUGGAGGGAUCAACGGCUACCUGUUCACCUCCUCCAGGUUGUGUUUCUCUGGAGCCAGAGAGGGUCACCUGCCCAGCCUGCUGGCCAUGAUCCACUAUAAGAACUGCACCCCCAUCCCUGCCCUGCUGGUCUGCUGCGCUGCCACCAUCGUUAUACUCUGCAUCGGAGAAACACACAAUCUGAUCAACUACGUCUCCUUCAUCAACUAUCUGUCGUACGGCGUCACCAUCGCAGGCCUGCUGUAUUACCGCUGGAAGAAACCCAACCUGUACCGACCCAUCAAGGUGAACCUGUUGGUUCCUGUUUGCUACCUGAUGUUCUGGGCGCUGCUGCUGGGUUUCAGUCUUUACUCGGAGCCGGUGGUUUGCGGCGUUGGUUUGGUCAUCAUGCUCACCGGCGUACCCGUCUACUUCCUGGGCGUCCACUGGAAAGAAAAACCAAAGUGCAUCUACACCUUCAUUGAGAGGGCGACGUACGUGGGCCAGAGGUUGUGUUUCGUGGUCUUUCCUCAGUUUGACCCCAUCGAGAUCGCCACUCCGUCAGAAUGGACUGACCGGUCUUCAGGCAGGAGCAGUUUGUCUGCCAAUUCUUAAAACUUUUUUUCUGAAUAUAUGCAGAUCUUUGUUUUUACUCCGUCACUGUGUAAGUCCAGACACCUCCUCCUGGUUUUGGGAGCUUCCUGUCUGACCUUUGACCCUCAGAGACUCUGGUUUCCCUACAGUCGACUGGAAACGCCUGUUCUUCUGCGCAGGCUGCUUGCACUUUUUAUUUUCUUCUCUUUUCAACUAAGUCUUCUAGUACAGCAACCUAAUGCCACCAGUGUCACUGUGAAAAGGACUUUUAUUCCCAUGUUGGACCCAUUUUUGUUUCUUUUUCUGUAACAUGACGAACUCUGACCGACUGACGGUUGUUUCUUCUGAUUGUUGCUGGUGUUCGUGCCUUAAGGCCUUUUCACACCAAGUCCCAAACAAAUCUAUAGUCAGUAUUCAAGAAAAAUGUACAAAUUAUUUUAGAGAAGAUCUGCUUUCAUGUAUUUUUAUUCUUCUUUCCUGCUGACUCACUGCUUUUUUUCCUCCUAAUAUUUUGGUUUUCAUCAAUCUCGUAUCCUGGUGUAUCGGAAAAAAGGGCUUUAUGAGAGCUGUAGUUUCGUUAUUUGAUUCUAACAAGUAAGUUGUUGCUAACUUUGGGUUUGAAUUCUAAUACAAACUGGUACUGAUUUAUCUUAUGGACUACAAACAGAACACGUUUCACUUUUUCAGAAACCAGUAAAAGUUACUCUCAAUGAGAGAUUGCAUUGAGUCUCAGAAGCUAGCGGAGCCGACCUGAUGUUACAUAAAGACUUCACGUUGUUGGUAAUUCUCCUCCAUAAGGCAGGUUUACUGAGUUAUCCAGUUAACCUGAUGCAAAAACACGUCCUGUACCUACUGAUUUUAAAGGUUGCAAACACAGGUGUUACCAGUGACAGUAUUUAAGGUUCCCAGAGCCUUUUUCCAGUGAGAAAACACGCACAGUAACAACAAUCUGACUCUGUUUGACCUGGAACGAAACCUCAAGUUGAAUAAUUCAAAACACAUGAGUUUACCCUACUGUAAUGUCAUAUCAGAGUGACUGCUGUGAAACCGGUCUAUUGUGAAUUGCAGCGCUCUCUGCUGGAUAAACUGAUGUACCGCUCGGGCUUUAAUGUGAAACUGUAUAAUUAGACUUUAAACUCACAUGAACAACGUACGUAUUAAAAUGCACCACAACAACAAUAUGAAUUCAUUUUUUUAAAUUCUGGUGGAAAAGUCAGACUUGGUGUGAAAAGGCUUUUACUGAGGGAAAAUGUAUAUUCAAAUUUUUUAUUAACCAAUUUAAUAUAUUGUGCAUGUGCCUUUGUGUAUUGCAUUUGAUUGUUUGAGACGCACUUUGGUCUUCCAUCGUCUGUUAUCUCGCCGUUCAGUACGAACUCCAGAUGAAACUGGACUCUUAAUCUGUUGUUAACAAAGUAGUUUUACCUGCUGCUGCUCCCUCACAUCAACCCACAUCACUCUGACUUACACUGUGACUGCACAAUGUAAUGGGAUCAGUUAUUUUAACUCAGAAAAAAUGUUCGAGACUAAGUACUUUUGGGUAAUUUAAUAAAAAUUACUAAAUUAAGUCACUUAAAAUUACAAAAAGCUACGUGAUCGAGGAUGUUUUUUUAAAUUUAUAAGAUUAAGUUUGUUUUGUUUGAACAUUUCUUUUGAGUUAAAUUAAGAUUUUAAUGCUGUUGUGGCAGCUUUUGUUUAUCAAGCAAUGAGAAUUCAAUGUGUGACAGAGACAAAACUGGCACUUUUUUACAAAUAUUGUCCAUUAACUUCUUCUUGGUAGGAAAUCAAUAAAUCAGUAACUUUGCUGCAGUUGACUAUAAAAUGAUACAAACCCAAUUUUCAAUAACCUCCAGGAGUCGGCAGACAAAAAACAUUAUAAUUAUUAUCACUAACUUAUCAUUUAGUGAUUAUUAUAUUCCCCAGUAGUAGAAAUGUGUAGCCAUUAGACACAGAAUUAAAAAAGUAUUUUUCAUUAACUAAAAUGUGGGUCAUACGUUACGUCCUGACCUGAAUUCAAUCGUGCUCACUGGGAUGUUUGAUCUGCGACAUGUUAGCAUAAGAGGAAGCAUACUGGUGAUAUUUGUAAAAAAGGCUAAUCCCACUUUUAGUCGUUUCAUUUUUCUUUUUUUUACAUUAAAUCUGUUUAAACUGAUUCCAUGUUUAUGACUAUAAGGAUGCUCGCAGGCUAACUGCCUCAAGCUGUGUACCGUAUGUGUGACAUCCUACAAGAAAUAUAUAUUUACCCCAUCAGACAUCAAAAUAAAUAAAACGUUAGCCAAAUAUCCAACUAACCACUGAUGUAAAUUGGCUAUCCAGUUAGCUAACGUUUAAUUAGUUAGUUAACAAUUGAUGUAGAUUAGCUAGCUACUUAGUUAGCGGCUUUCUUGUACUUAUAUAUGCUACGUGCUCGGCUGUUGAAAAGUCAAAAGUGACAUAUAAAUAGUCACAUCUUAAGUUAUUUAAUGUUAGCAAAACGGUAGCUAAUAAGCUAUCUAACGAUUUAAGUAAAAUUAGCUAACAUUAGCUAGCAUUAGUUAACGUAAGAUGUGACUAUAUAUAUAUAUAUCAUAUCUUUUAACCAUCUUCAAAAUGUGGUUGUCUUUUCAACAUAGGUUAGCUUAGCAUAUAGCAUAUAUAAGUACAAGAAAGCAGUAGCUAGCUAAUCUACAGUUGUUGACUAAUCUAAUGUUAGCAAAACGCUAACUAGAUAGCCAAUUUACAUCAGUGGUUAGCUGGAUAUUCUGAUAGCGUUUUAGUAACAUUAGAUUAAUUUAAGAUGUGACAACGUAAAACUUCUAAUAAUAGCCUGGGCGUUUAUUUGCUUAAACCACUGAACUCCCCCUGCCUCUAUUUGGGACAGGCCUCUAUUUGGGACAGGCCUUUAUUUGGGACAGGCCUCUAUUUGGGACAGGCCUUUAUUUGGGACAGGCCUUUAUUUGGGACAGGCCUCUAUUUGGGACAGGCCUUUAUUUGGGACAGGCCUCUAUUUGGGACAGGCCUUUAUUUGGGACAGGCCUCUAUUUGGGACAGGCCUCUAUUUUGGGACAGGCCUUUAUUUGGGACAGGCCUCUAUUUGGGACAGGCCUUUAUUUGGGACAGGUGUUUAAUUCCUUUAGUAAAAAACUAAACU